UGAAAGUGGCCUGACGUCACACUCCCAUAAUGCUCGCGCGCCCCAUAACUCCGCUGCUGCAGCCUGAGGAGCGCGAGACACUCAGGCCCCGAAAAAAGAAAAAUUAGAGAAAAAAUUGGAAAAAAUAAUAAAACAACAGAUCAAGAGGAGAAAGACCAGGAACGGUGGCGUGGGGCUCCCACGGGGGAAGACAAUGAUAAGCACUAUUGCAACCUACUCGGCUCCAGUCAUGGCAGGUGGAACCGGAUGAGAGCGUAAAGGUAAAAGAGAAAGACAGAAAAGCACUUAAAUUUCUUUUGGGAGACACGUUGUCACCACAUAUAAGGAUAGUGGACGAUCCAGGAUCCUCAAACGCAGCUGUGAUAUCGUACCGGAGCCUAAAAGGCAGGGCAGCCACGGCCGUGUUUCAAUGGCAACGCCUCCCUAGGGCUGCCAUGGCCGCAGCCGAUGCCCCACAUCACAUUGCCACACUGACGCUGGAGGACGAAAAUCGCCGAGCUGCCACCAAAGUGUUUGGAGGUCCCACUGCAGGGAGGACGGAAAGAGAGUUAGAGACCGAGAGAGAGAAGGAAGGGAGAGGCAGUGGGAACGAGUGUUUGGUGUGCGGUACCCUCUUCAGUUCGCAGGAUAAGCUUCGGCUCCACGCUUUCUGUCACACGGGAGAAAAACCUUUCCACUGUUCUCAGCCUCACUGUCUCAAGGCCUUCAGCUCCAAAUAUAAGCUCUUUAGGCAUAUGGCCACACACUCCCCGCAGAAGACUCACCAGUGCUCAUUCUGUGAGAAGAUGUUUCACCGUAAAGAUCACCUUAAAAACCACCUCCAGACUCACGACCCCAACAAAGAGGCCUUUAAGUGUGAAGAGUGCGGCAAACACUAUAACACAAAGCUGGGUUACAAACGCCACAUGGCCAUGCACUCGGCCACCGCCGGUGACCUCACCUGUAAAGUUUGCUUGCAAAGCUACGAGAGCACGCCUGCACUCCUGGAGCACCUGAAGAGCCACUCCGGCAAGUCUUCAGGUGGCACCAAGGAAAAGAAACAUCCAUGUGACCACUGCGAUCGACGCUUCUACACGCGAAAAGAUGUUCGGCGACACAUGGUGGUACACACGGGCCGAAAAGACUUCCUGUGCCAGUACUGUGCGCAGCGUUUUGGGCGGAAGGACCAUCUGACGCGGCACGUGAAGAAGAGCCACUCGCAGGAGCUGCUGAAGAUCAAGACAGAACCGCCGGAUAUGUUGGGUCUGCUUGGAACUGGUUCUCCGACGUGUGCUGUGAAAGAAGAAUUAAGUCCUAUGAUGUGUAGUAUGGGACCUACCAAGGACUCGAUGAUGGCAAAGCCUUUCCCAGGUGCCACCCCAUUUCCAAUGGGCAUGUACAACCCUCAUCAUCUCCAGGCCAUGUCCAACCCGGCUGUGGGUCACCAUCAUUCACUUGUUCCUGGGUCUUUAUCCAGUGCCAUGGGGAUGGGCUGCCAUAUGGAACCUCCUUCAUCACUGCAUCACCAUCACCCACAUCAUCAUCACCAUCAUCAUCACCCCCACCAUCACCACCACUCCUCGCCUCCACCCUCGCACCAGCAGCAGCCUUCCAGCUUGUCAAACCAGCAACAACAGCACCCGCAGCAGCCCCCGAAGUACCAGCUCGGAUCUACCUCAUACCUGCUGGAGAAGCAAUUGAAGGUGGAGAUGGACAGUUUUUUGAUGGAUCUACAGAGUGGGCUUCCAGUUGCUCCUCCUCCCUCAGCCGACCCCCACUCUGCGGCUUCAUCCAACAAGGAGGGCUUGGAACCUCCGGAUGACCUUUGCGGGGACCCCCUCAUGUCCAAGAGCCCCGCAGUCAUUGAGUCUUUGUGUGCUGCUAACAUGGACUUCUCUCAUCUACUGGGCUUUCUUCCACUCAAUCUGCCACCCUACAGCGCCCCCAUGAGUUCAGGAGGACUGGUCAUGGGAUACUCCACUUCCUCAACUGUUUCUUCUUCCUCGUCGUCGUCAGCGUCUUCGCACGCUGCCGAAUCACACGCUGCCACGUUAACAGCUGCGGUGCCUCUUACCUCGUUGCAACCUCAACCUCAGGAGCAACCAGGCUCCGGUGGGGGUCUCGGUCUUGGGCCUCUGCACCCGCUCCCACCAGUGUUCAGCUCCAGCCUUAGUGCGACCACUCUGCCUCGCUUUCACCAGGCCUUUCAAUGAGGUUUCUCACCUCAACCUAGCCCGUCAAGCGGCUCAGGGAGCUUAAGUGCUCCCCCUAGGGGUGGGGCGGUAGAACACUUGAACGCAUAGAAGCCUUAGAAAAGCGCACAACAGCUUUUGAAUGAGCCUGGAGGAAAAUGCAUAGGAAAUAUGGAGCUUUUAUUUAGGCUGUCUGAAGUUUAGCUAUGAAUUUUUAAAUACCCCGUUUUGAACCUCUCCCAACAUCCCCUCCCCUACAAUUUGGUAGUUAGACAGCAGCAUCCUUAGGCCUUACGGCAUGGUACUGCAUACUUUAUAAAGUAAUAAUACUAGUAAAAUAUGAAAAGAUUAAUGUAGAAAAGAUGAUCUGUCUUUGAGACUCUGAAAAACUAGUUUGAAGUGAUAUAUGAAUUUCUUUUUCUGACUUGCUAUAUUGUCUCUACUUAGUGUAAAACAGGCGAUAGUUGUUUGCCCUUAAACUAAAACCGUCUUCGUUGCCAGGUGUGGAAGAAUUAGAGAAGGAAUUACAGAGUAAAAUAGUCCGAAUUUUGUUUGCUUUGGCAAAAUGGCACAAAAGUUCAAAUCACUUGACAGGCUACCCUGCUGAAAACACCCAUUUUAAACCAGCGUUUCUGGUUUUAGGUGGUCUCUCAUUGUAACUAGGUAAGACCAGCUUAAACUAACCAACACCAGCAAGUUUGCAAAGCUGGUUUAAGCUCUUAAGCUAUGUCAAUAUACUUUAAAGGACUUGACAUUUGCAAAGCCGUUUCAAAUUGAAUUCUACAUUGUAACUCAUUAGAUGAAAAAUCAUCUAAAAAUUAAGCGUUCUUCCAGUUUAGCAUUUUUUGUAUCGGACUUUUUAUUCGAGCUCAUCUGAAAGAGAAACAUAGAGACUGAAAGGGCAUAAAACUGCACGAUUUGAUCAUUUGGUACAAAGUGACCACUGACAGAACUAAAAAUCAAAUUCUACAGGUUUACAGUUUUUCUCAAAAGAAGCACUUUGUUUACAGCAGAAGGCACUUGACUUAUUUGGGUAACCAUGGUGACCCACUGAAAUCACCUCCUUUUAUCCACAACCUUCACACUUCCUGAAAAGAGACAUAUCAAGUCUGAAAAUCUCUUUAAAUAGUAACUUUAAAGUACUCCACAUCAUCUCUUUCAAUGUGGUUUCUACUCCUUCUAGCACUAAGUCUCCAUGGCAACAGUAUCUCACUUCCACAUCCUGCCCACCCGAUCACAACAUACAGUAUAUUUGAAAAGCAAAAAAUAUAUAUAUUUUGUAACUUAGGCAGGUUUUAUUUUAGAGAGAGAGAGAGAGAGAUACAUUGUAACGAUAACCCUGGUAUAUGUGAAUGGAAAAAAGAUAAAAACAAGAAUAUUUUUUGCAGUGUACGAAGUACCACAUCAAAAAUAUAUCAUAAUGGCUUGUUUCAGUAAAUUUUGUAUUUUAGAUAGUCGUAUUAAAAUUGCUGAUGGUCGAGCAGGUUUACAUGAUUGUGUAUCUUGCGUAAUAUCGAUAAAAAAUGGAUGAAGUAUUAGCUUUUCCCUAUAGCUUUCUCCAAUCCUUGUUUUCUGUGCAAGUCGACGGAAAUGAACAAGGUGAAAAUUUACCUGAAUAUAAUAGGACUAAUAGUGGCAUAAUCCGUUAGAAUGGACUAGACUUUAAUCUUAUUUUUAGAAGAUAAUGUGAUCCAGGUUUCAGUUUGUAUUGUUUAUCUACAGUAUUCUCAAUCAGACGUGACUGAUAGCUGUCUGUUGGUGUGUAUAGUGGUACAGUUUCGGCCUUCGCUAUGAUCAUUUGCUCCAUCAAUGUGUGUAUCACUGAAACCCGGA